AUGGGCAUAGACACAUCUCCACUUGAUGUCGAGGAAUCGACGGAGCCUCCUAUAUGUGCUUACUCACGGGAGCACAAUUCACAAGACCAUAAUCAUCCUGGAGAUGUAAAAGACACGAUCGAUACCGAGAAGACUGCGCACUCGCAACCCCAGGCAUCACCGAAAGAAGAGACUCAGCAGAUUGAGACAAACAGCUGCCUUGAAUCUGACCACUCAAGCCCGACGCACUAUGCUCACACUAUCGAACCCCCGAGCCUUUCAAGAAUCCUCAAUGUCAACCUUGAUCAUGGACUCUCAAGCUCUGAAGCCGCCGCUCGCCUCGCGCGAGAUGGGCCCAACACGGUUAGGGAGAUGGAAGGACUAUCCGUAUGGAAAAUUCUCCUAAGACAAGUUUCGAACAGUUUAACUCUAAUUUUGGUCAUCGUUAUGGGAGUAUCCUUCGGGAUCAACGACUAUAUUGAAGGAGGAGUGAUUACCGCAGUGAUCCUCCUAAAUAUCGUCGUAGGAUUCGUACAGGAUUACCGUGCGGAACAGACUAUCCUCUCCUUACAGCGGUUAUCCGCCCCAAUAUGUAAGGUACUGCGUGAUGGACAUGUUACCUCUGUAAAGGCCGAGUCACUUGUGGUGGGCGAUAUCGUGCAACUUGCCGUUGGAGACAUUGUUCCCGCAGACAUGAGAUUGUUUGAUGGCAUGAAUGCCUCCAUGGACGAGGCACUGUUGACCGGGGAAUCUCUACCCGUAGCAAAGACGCCAUACAUUACCCUGACUGCUCGUGAUAUCCCAAUUGGAGAUAGGACCAACAUGGCGUACUCCGGGUGUAGCACAACUCAAGGUCGAGCCACUGGUGUUGUCACCGCUACAGGGAUGAUGACGGAGGUUGGAAAGAUCGCACAGCUACUCCAGGAUAAAGCAGAACACGAUGGGUCAAACCUAGUUGUGCGCUUGUUCCGCCGCUUCCUUGCUACCGUAAAGAACAUUCUUGGUCUUCUUGGUACACCUCUGCAAGUUAAACUGAGUAAGUUUGCGUUGCUCCUGUUUGCACUUGCAGUCCUCCUCGCUAUCAUUGUCUUUUCGGUGAACGAAUGGGAUGUCCAAGGCGAAGUCCUCAUUUACGGAAUUUGUGUUGCUGUGGCGGUCGUCCCAGAGUCUCUUAUUGCAGUGCUCACAAUUACUGUCGCUGUUGGCACCAAAGCCAUGGCGAGAGGUAAUGUGAUCGUCCGAAAGCUGCAAUGUCUCGAAGCAGUCGGCGGUGUUACUAAUAUCUGCUCGGACAAGACCGGUACCCUGACGCAAGGUAAAAUGGUUGCACGCACUGCCUGGAUACCGGAUACUGGUACCUUGACGGUCCACCAUACCACAAACCCAUUCGACCCGACAAGUGGUCUGGUUCGGCUCGACGACAAGGAUUGUGAUCCGAAAGAAGUCCAAGACGACAGUGCCUUGAACACAUUUAUCACUGCCCUCUCACUCUGCAAUCUAUCCACCGUGCACAACAAGGCGCAGUCAGUCGCUUCAGACACUGAGCCUACUCAGGCCGGUGAGGGCGAGUGGACUGCUGUCGGGGAGCCUACUGAAAUUGCUCUACGAGUUUUCUCCAUGCGUUUUGGGUGUGAAAAACCAGAGAUCAUCCGAGACAGGGGCCUGGAUCUUCAUACCGAGUACCCUUUCGACUCUUCAAUCAAACGGAUGACGGUUGUUUAUACUAACCAUCAAGCCAAGGUCAAUGAGGUCUACUCCAAGGGAGCUCCAGAGGCGCUCAUUGCUGGUCUUGAUAUCACUGAGCAAGAGAAAGAGCUUAUCCAGGAAACAGCAGACAGACUGGCCGGGGAAGGUCUGCGUGUGCUCUGCAUUGCGUACAAAAAGACGCCAUUUGAUGAUGAAUCUCAAGUGUCUCCCCGCAAGAUGGCCGAGUCCAACCUGAGAUUCGCUGGCUUGGUGGGAUUAUACGACCCCCCACGGUUAGAAACAGCAGCGGCAGUCCGGAAGUGCCAAAUGGCAGGAAUCACGGUUCAUAUGCUUACUGGCGACCACAUACGAACUGCGACAGCGAUCGCAUCUGAAGUGGGAAUCCUUGACCCUAUUGUGAAUGCGAAGUCGAGUCAAGUAGUCAUGGCAGCAAAGGAAUUCGAUCGGCUGUCGGACGACGAUGUGGAUGCCAUUGAACAGUUACCCUUGGUCAUUGCACGAUGCAGCCCUACCACAAAGGUUCGCAUGGUUGAGGCAAUGCAUCGACGUGGAGCGUUCUGCGUCAUGACCGGUGACGGCGUCAACGACUCACCCGCCUUGAAGCGAGCUGAUGUCGGAAUUGCCAUGGGAAAGAACGGUAGCGAUGUCGCUAAAGAAGCAGCUGAUAUGGUCCUGACUGAUGACAACUUUGCGUCGAUUGUUAAAGCCGUCGAAGAAGGGCGGAGACUGUUUGACAAUAUUCAAAAGGUUAUUCUUCUUCUGAUUGCGCUCGCUUUCAAGGAUGAAGAAGAUAACUCAAUUUUCCCUCUAUCGCCUCUAGAAAUUCUCUGGGCCAAUCUGGUCACUUCGUCUUUCCUCGCCUUAGGGCUAGGCUUGGAGGAAGCACAGCCAGAUAUAAUGUACCGUCCACCGCAUGACUUGAAGGUGGGCGUCUUCACCCGGGAGCUCGUCACAGACAAGAUGGUCUAUGGUAGCUUCAUGGGCUCGCUUUGCCUAGUAGCUUUUGUGAUUGUUAUCUACGGUGCCGGAAAUGGUCCCGCUAGUAUGGGACGUGACUGCAACGAAGGGUGGAACGACACCUGCGGGACUGUUUUCGAAGCGCGGGCUACAACAUACGCAACGCUUACCUUUUUAUUACUCAUAACCGCAUGGGAAGUCAAGCAUUUCUCCCGGUCACUCUUCAACCUUGACCCGGACCGUAAUCCGGGCAAGCUGUCCGUGUUCCACUCAGUUUGGCGCAACCAGUUCCUUUUCUGGGCUGUCAUUGCCGGCUUCGUGGUCGCCUUCCCAGUGAUUUACCUUCCUGAAGUGAAUCGCGUCGUCUUCAAGCACCACGGCAUCAGCUGGCACUGGGGAAUCGUGUUUGGCUGUGUGGUGGUUUACCUCGCCCUGGUCGAGAGCUGGAAGGCAGUGAAGCGGCGAUUCAGGAUUGGCACGGGGAAGAAUGCCACGCUGACGAUGGAGGAUGCGGAGAUGAGGGCUGGGCUCAGGGAUCUGACCUCGAUUUCGCUGAGCGCCAAUGCCAGCGUUGAUGCCAGCAUGAAUGCGAGUGUGGUGACGGAGGGGAAGAAGUAG